CAACCAAAAAAGGCUUCUCCACAACACUACAAACCCAUCAACUAUAUCUCACACAAACUGUAAACAUCACAGUAAAAAAUAACACAUGGAAUCUGAAGGGCAACAACAACAACAAAACACUUCCAACAAUCCAUCAUCUAUGAUCGCAGCUGUUCUAUCCAAAAGAGCCAAACAUCAUGAAGAUCUCCGAGCCAUUGAAAAACAGGUUUAUGACAUGGAGACGGCUUAUUUACAGGAUUCAAGCCAACUUGGAAAUGUAUUAAAAGGUUAUGAAGGGUUUCUGUCAGCAUCUAAGAGCACAUCACUCUACAAGCGAAGUAGGAAAUUUCAACCGGAAGAUAGGCUCUUUUCACUAUCUUCAGUCACCUCACCAGCAACUGAAGAACAAGCUGCAAUGGGAGCUGCAUCUGGGAUGGGACCGGGGAAACCGAAGAAGGGUAGGCCUGGACCGAGGGAUGUGAGAAGAAUCAGGCAAUACAGUGAACCUGACUUCGACUAUGAAGAUGAUCCAGAUUUGAUAUGACAUAUUUUAUAUCAAGGCUUAGAGUUAGUACUUAGUUAUGCUACUGUAAAGAUUAAAGAUAUAAAGAAAAAUUGGUGUUGCAAAUAUGAUUGCGGGGGAACUAAAGUUGCAAUUAUUAGUCAAAAUUUUCUGUU